AAGUAGAAUGUUCCAAGCAGUGACGCCAGAUUUGAGACGCAAGCAGCAAGCAGAUGAGAGAGGGAAUACGCACGCAUGCGCAAUCCAUAUAACAUGUCUUACAAGAAACAUACAGUACACACAGUAUUGGGAUAUGGAUCAAUGGGUUUAAAUUUUUAUGUAUUCUCAUUUGGAAAAAAUAAAGAGAGACUUGAUAAAUACCAAUAAUAGUUCCUGCGAUGUUGCUAGAUGGAGCAAUAGUACUUUGAUAAAAAAGCGGGCAAUAUUUUAGAGCAGUCCAGUGCAGUGGAUAAAGAUAUCAAGAACAUUGUGGAAUACCAGUCUCAUAUAUCCUGAAUGUAAUUUAUUACAAGAGACAAGAUCUGUAUAUUUUGUUAUGAAAAAUUAAGCAUAUUUAUAAGAUACACUGGAAACUCUUUUUAGUUUGCUUUAUAUAAUUCAUUAAAUAAGAAUAAAUAUUUAAAAUAACAUGCAUUGGAUUAAAAUUUCAUGUAUUUUGUGCAUGUUUGGAUGUUUCAAAGAUUUUCGACCUAUUGAGCCUUUCAUAACAGAUUAUUUUAUCGGAUAUAAGAAUUUUACAGCCAGCGAAGUAAACCAUGACAUAUAUCCUAUCAUCACUUACAGCUACUUGUCGACACUUGUGUUUGUAUUCUUAAUUACUGAUUUUGUAAGAUACAAGCCUAUUAUCAUACUCUGCGGUCUCUCCGGCAUAAUCGCUUUUCUCUUGCUAAUACUUGAAGAGAAUGUUCUGGUUAUGCAAAUUGCUGAAUUAUUUUUCGGACUGUUUCUAUCUACAAAGGUUGCUUAUUACACUUAUAUAUACGCCAAGGUAGAUAAGCAACAUUAUCAAGAGUUGACAAGUCAUACUAAAGCGGCUUCUUUAUUCGGCCACAGUGUAUCUGGCAUCGUGGCACAGUUGACAGCAUCUUUCGAGUUACUAAAUUAUUAUCAACUUAAUUAUCUAACUGUUUUAGCUAUUACUGUUGCGACGAUCUGGUCGCUUUUCCUGCCUCCUGUAGAUCGAUCGAUUUACUUCCAUCAUGUGGAUAAUUUUUCCAACGACAAUGAAAAUCCUGCUACCCUCAUUCAAGAAAUGAAAGAGAUGAUUAAUCAAUCACAACCUUCAAGCGAUUUGCCAGAAUUGUGUGACAACAAAAACAGCAAAACAAAACGUUCAAUUCUUUCGAAAAUAAAAAACGCGUAUAAGCUGCUGUGGAAACAUUUCUUACAAGCUUAUACUAAUUAUCACGUAAUUAAAUGGUCAGCUUGGUGGGCUUUAUCUACUUGUGGCUACGUCUUAGUUGAAAUAUACUCGCAAUUGCUGUGGCAAACUGCCGUAAAAACUGGCGAUAAAAUAUAUAAUGGUGCUGUAGACUUUGCGUACGCGAUAAUAGGUGCAAUGAGUGUAUUUGCUGUAGGAAAAAUACGAUUAAACUGGAUACUAGUGGGAGAUAUAAUGUGUUCUGUAUUUGCGUUUUUAGGAGGUGCUAUACUGUUAGCAUCUUCUUAUAUCUACAACAUUUGGUUCUUGUAUAUCGGAUAUGUCGUAUUCGGCAUAAUUUACCAUACCAUGGUGACUGUUGCAAGCUUUGAGGUCGCCAAACGUAUAUCUCAAGAUAGUCACGGCUUGAUUUUUGGGGUGAACAUGUUUCUCGCAUUAUUGAUGCAGAGUUUGAUACUCGUAAUUGUCAACAUGCUCAUGCUAGAUAUCAGGCAGCAGUACUGCAUUUAUAGUGGCUAUCAUCUGGUUUUGGGUGUGAUAUAUAUUGUGCUGGCUGUGAUCACCAUCAAGAAACAUCGUCGAAAUACGACUCAAAUUAGAUGGACUUCCUAAUAAUAACAUAAUUCCUAACAAAAAUAUUCCAGUAUAUACGAACAUAUCCCGUUAUCCAAUAAUAUAUUUUAUUAUUAUUAAAUAUUUAUAAGUAUGAAAUUCUCUCAGAAAUAAUAUUUAAGAAAAAGUUUCA